UCAUAGCAAAACAGCUGUUCCUACUUCCAGUGUCCAUAGUCUCUUGUUAUCGAUUUGUUUUCGUAUAUUUUAUAAGACUUGAUAUUAUUAUUAAUAUAAGCGCAAAUACUUGUAAUAAAUAUGGUAGAUGAAGGAACGAAGAAAACAUUAAGUAGUAUUCCAUUGCUUAAAACAAAAGCAGGACCCAGAGACAAGGAAUUAUGGGUCACACGUUUAAAAGAGGAAUAUCAAGCUUUAAUUAAGUAUGUACAAAACAAUAAAGAGGCAGACAAUGAUUGGUUCCGGUUAGAAUCAGACAAAACUGGCACAAAAUGGUUUGGGAAAUGUUGGUACAUACACAAUCUACUCAAAUAUGAAUUUGAUCUUGAAUUUGACAUUCCGAUAACAUACCCCACAACAGCUCCUGAGCUGGCCUUACCCGGCUUGGACGGGAAGACUGCGAAGAUGUACCGCGGAGGGAAGAUAUGCCUCACAGAUCACUUUAAGCCUCUGUGGGCCAGGAAUGUGCCAAGAUUUGGUAUCGCCCAUGCAAUGGCUCUUGGGUUGGGACCCUGGCUUGCUGUGGAAGUACCUGAGUUAAUAGAGCGAGGAGUUGUGAAGUAUCAAGAAAAAUGUGAAGAAGCUAAAUGAUGUUUGUAUAAUAUGUGUAAUAUAAUUUUGUACAUA